UCACCAAAGUGCUCACAUUAAUCACUCACAGCAUCACUGGUACACACACAGAAGAGCAUAUAACAGGGAUGUUGAAGCCGUACACUGUUCAACAGGAGAUAAGUGAGAGACGAGGAAAAAGACAUUAUUUUCUCCCGUAUUUUCCCUGAAAAUCAAGGCAACAGCAUCUCUAGACAACGUGCGCUCUUGUAGGAAUUUAAGUAGAAGAGACAAAGAACCCAUGCCAUCCGCAGCCUCGGAGAACAAAAACUGAACGAACCAAGCAAUGAGAAUUCAGUCGAGGGAAUCUGACAGGGGGAAAAAAAAAAAAAAACCACGAGCAAACUGGCAAACAGAGACCAUGAAGGAAACACCUAAUUUAAAAGGGGAUAGAAAACCUGGCGUUUAUUUCAUUUUCACGACUUCAUCAUAUGAAAAUUCUGUUCUGAAAUUUGUAUCAGGAAAUGAAGAACGCUACUGAUAAAGAUCCACACCACAUCCCCAGUGCCGAAACUUCUUAAGUGAAGCAGCAAUCUCCCUUUCCCCAAGGGAUCACUACCUAAGGGGGAAAGAAAAACUACCUAAGCAACAUCACGAUGGGAAUAACCAUCCAAAACAUCACAGGAAACACAGCAAUGGUAAUUUGGCCAAAAAUGGCGAGUUGUGCCGACAGCUUUUACAGCGUCAUGUACCACCCCAACUGGAACAGCAUGCUAUCGAGUUACUCGAGAAAGAACUUUCAGAAAGAAGAGAGAGUGCCCGCAAGCCGGUCUUCAUUUGUCGUCGAAAACCUAACUCCACUAACGACAUAUAUUCUGUGCGUGACCUGCCAGUCCGCAAACCCCUCCAGUGACCAGUGCAGAACUUUUCAUACGCUGGAACAAGACCCAGCAUCUGCAAGCAACACAAAGAAAGAGCUAGCGCUGGGCAUCUGGCUCACCAGUAGCGUUCUGCUCCUCAUCAUUGCUGGGAUCCUCCUCUAUGGCUGCCUGCACCUGCUGUGCCGUAAGAGACGGGAGCAGCCGCAAGGACAAAACAGGACCUCAGAAGACGACAACGGGAGGACGCAGACCAAAAGCACGGCACAGACCUCCGAGGAGUUUGGCAGGCAAAGCCGACUAAUGCAAGACACUGAGGGACAGAAUCCAGGUGGCAUCCAGCUGGCCACAAUAAUAGAGAAUCCUCUAACUUGCAAGGAGCCCACCGUGCAGACUUCCAAAAGCCAGGAACUAGCGCCAAUGACAGGACAGUAUUCUGCUACGAAUCAGAAACCUUUUACCAGGAAGCAGGUUUACUACACACAGCAUCCAAACUACUUCAGACUCAGCGAGCGCUUUAUCUCUUCUCAGCUCUUGCCAAGUAGUUCUGGUUGCUCCCUGCAGCACCCCCAUCUUCUCCUUCAAUCUUCACAUCCCUUUCCAACAACCCACGUACAGCCAGCGUACUCGGAUGUAAAGGUUUAGAUUCCCAGGAAGUGAGUACUCCAGCUGCACUUUGUUACUGAAAAAUGAACCAUUUAGCAAGCAAUCAGUUGCUAUUUUGAGGGGAUUUUUUGGUUGUUUUCUUCACUCUGAAACAGUGAAUGAACAUAAAAACAAAUGAAAACUGUGACCAGGAGAAUAUUUUUACUAAUACAAAUUAAAACUGAACUGAAAUUUUCAGAUGAGAACCCAGAUUGCUAUUCUAUAAGCAACUGAAACCUAUCCUGAGUACAAUGGUUUGCCAAUAUGAAUUUUUUUCCCACAAUUCUGCUUGCUUCUCAAACUAUACAAUUUUCUGACUAUAGUGUUCUCGAUAGUUCCCAUUCUGAAUUAGUUCAGUCACAGCACGUAAGCUAAACUCACCAGUAUUUUAAUGGCAUACUUUUAUCUGUUUUUGAACAUCCCCUCAGCCUAAAAAUAUAUUCAAGACAGUGACUCUCUAAGGACACGUCUAACUAAACUAAGGAAAUAACUUGGAUUACCUUGUCCUGCACUCUUUCACUUCCACCAUGAGCCGGCUUCUGCACCACAGGGGAGCGACUCCCUAUAGAAGAUAGGGAGCCCAGGGAAGCAGCUCCUGAUCCUUCUCUCUUCCCUUUCACUUGUAAUGAUAAAACUUGCUCAUCAGCUGCAAAUUUCCAUCCAAUUAUAAAGGAAGUUUUGUAUGAUCGGGGCAAGGAAGUAGGAACACGUAAAAAUACAUUUUAUUUUUGGAACAAUCAAACUUGCUAAUCGUCUAACUUUGCCCUAAACUUCUUGACAAAGUACUAAGAAAGGCCCUAAGACAGAAAUCUGUUCACCCUCACAAAAUGAUGCAUCUCGUCCAGUUUACACACAAUAAGACACCCAUUUUUAAAUCUCUUAGGUGCAUUUGUAUUCCAUAGAAAUGUAUUAAGCCUUAGCAUUGCUGCAUAAUGUAGUCUUUCUAAAAACAAAGAUACACUGUGAGUGCAUGUAUUUUAAACUGCUGUUAAUAAAAACGUAUGCCUAAAGUCAGCUCUUUUUGACCCUGCUCAUUAUACUAAUGAAGGAUGGAGAACUGCCAGUUAGGCAGCUGCUGUCAAUUUUCAUUGCAUCCUGGAAACCAAAGUGGUGUACAGUUUUGGUAAGAGAGCACCCGCUAAAAUAUUUCACAACAGGCAACGGGUCUUUUCAGUUACUGCAUUUUGGCAACAUUUCCCACAAUUCGUGACUGGCUUCAGCGCUCACAUUGCUAAAAAUACAUGAGUAGGUGCAA